GGCGGGUAGUUUUGGGGUGUCCCACGGCCGGAGCGGCGCGGAAAGGGCCGUAAAUCCAGCUGUGCCGACCAGGAAACCUCUGUUUCCUCCCGCCGGCACACGGCGUUUCGCCGUAAAACACGCGUCCCGGUAAACACGGCACCGGGGGGUCAGGGUUGGGUCGGGGGCUGGGGGGGGCCCUCGCUCUGUAUGUGUGUGUGUGUGUCUGUGUGUGUGUGUGUGUCCCCAACCCCGGCCCCCAAGGUUGGCGGUGAUCCCGGAGCCGCCCCGGCAAUGCCGGACCCUUCUCCGGGUUGAGCAAGAAGGCGAUGGAUCCAGGAAAAGGCAACUGGGAAUAAACACGGGAGCGGGUUGAAAUGGGGCCGCCCGGGCGUCGCGCCAGGGGGGGCCGGGAGCCGAAUCCCGCCCCGGCACUUCGGGUACCGCUCCCCGGCAGCAUCCCCCGCCGGGAUUGGGGUGCGGCGGGAUGCCGGGAUACGACCGGGGAGGGGGUGUUUGGGAAUGCGCGGGGGCCACCCAGGCCGCCGUGCCUCAGUUUCCCCUUGGCUGGGGCCGUUCCCGCGGACGGAGGGAUGCGGAGCCCCCACGGGGAGGUCGGAUCCCGCUCUCCGGGUUGGGGGCGCUGGGUGGGGAGCCGGGGGGGGGGGGGGUCGGAGGGCGAAGCCGUCGUCUGUCUCCCCCCCCACACACCACCCCCCAGCCUGUGCAGGAUGGCGCUGCGGGUCGCGGCGCUGGCCACCCACCUCUGCCUGCUGGCCGCCCUCCGCCCCAGCGACCCCAACGUCUGCAGCUACUGGGAGAGCUUCACGGCGGCGGUGAAGGAGUCCUACACCAAACCCCACGUCGUGCCCUCCGCCGAGCCCUGUCCCGCGCCGCCGGGGACCCCCCUGCCCUGCCUGCAGCAGAGGAUCGUGUACCGCACCGAGUACCGGCAGGCCGUCCGCACCGACUACCGCCGGCGCUACCAGUGCUGCCUGGGCUACUACGAGAGCCGGGACACCUGCGUCCCGCGCUGCACCCAGGAGUGUGUCCACGGCCGGUGCGUGGCUCCCGACCUCUGCCAGUGCGAGCCGGGCUGGCGCGGCACCGACUGCUCCAGCGAGUGUGACGAGCAGUCGUGGGGCCCGGGCUGCCAGCACCGCUGCGACUGCCACCACGGGGCCCCCUGCGACCCCCUGAGCGGGGUCUGCUCCUGCCCCCCCGGCUUCGCCGACCCCCGCUGCCGCCAGCCGUGCCCCCCCGGCACCUACGGCCAGGGCUGUCGCCUGCCCUGCCCCUGCCACCACCGGGCCCCCUGCAACGCCUCCUCCGGCGCCUGCCACUGCCCCCUGGGGCAUGCCGGCCCCCUCUGCGAGGUGCCCUGCCGCGAGGGGACACCCUGCGACAGCCCCUGUCCCUGCCAGAACGGGGGCAUCUGCCACCCCACCGAACCCAGCCUCUGCGUCUGCCCCCACGGAUGGAUGGGGGAGAUCUGCUCCGUGCCGUGUCCCCCCGGGCGCUUCGGCCCCGGCUGCCAGGGCGAGUGUCGCUGCCACAACGGGGGCCACUGUGACCCCCGGGGGGGACAGUGCCAGUGCACCCCCGGCUUCACCGGAGAGCAGUGCCGGGAGCGGUGCCCGGUGGGGCGGUACGGGCAGGAUUGCCGGGAGAGCUGCGAUUGCGCCAACGGGGGCCAAUGCUUCCAUGUGGACGGGGGCUGCCUGUGCGAGGCCGGCUUCCAGGGCAGCCGCUGCCAGGAGCGCCGCUGCCUCCCCGGCCUCUACGGCCUCCGCUGCCAGAGCCAGUGCCUCUGCCACCCCCAGCACAGCCUCAGCUGCCACCCCAUGCACGGGGAGUGCGUCUGUCGCCCCGGCUGGGCCGGGCUCUUCUGCAAUGAGAGUUGCCCCCCCGGCUCUUUCGGGGCCGGCUGCCUGCAGACCUGCCUCUGCCUCCACGGGGGGGUCUGCAACGGGACCACCGGCCGCUGCCACUGCCCCCCCGGCUACACGGACGAGCACUGCUCCUCCCUGUGCCCCCCCGACACCUUCGGCGCCAACUGCUCGGGGCGCUGCUCCUGCCAGCACGCCUUCGCCUGCUCCCCCCUCGACGGCUCCUGCCUCUGCAAGGAAGGCUGGCACGGCCCCCGCUGCUCCGUUCCCUGUCCCUCCGGCACUUGGGGUCCCGGCUGCAACCGGAGCUGCGGCUGCGCCCACGGGGCCACCUGCGACCCCCAGAGCGGCACCUGCGCUUGCCCCCCCGGCUGGCAGGGCCCCCGCUGCCUGCAGCCCUGCCCGAACGGGACGUUCGGGGAGGGCUGCGGGCAACGCUGCGACUGCGCCCACGCCGAUGGCUGCCAGCCCGUCACCGGGGAGUGCCACUGCCUGCCCGGCUGGAUGGGGCCGCAGUGCAAGCAGGGUUGUCCCCAAGGCCUCUGGGGCCCGGGCUGCCUCUCGCCCUGCUCCUGCCGCAACGGGGCCGUCUGCUCGCCCCGCGACGGAUCCUGCGCCUGCCCCCCCGGCUACCGCGGGCCCACCUGCCAACGCCCCUGCCCACCCGGCCGCUACGGCAAGCGCUGCGCCCUGAGCUGCUCCUGCGCCCACGGCUCCUCCUGCCACCCCGCCAACGGCUCCUGCCUCUGCGCCCCCGGCUGGCACGGCCCCCGCUGCGCCCAGCCCUGCCCCCCCGGCACCUUCGGGCUCCAGUGCGACCAGCUCUGCCGCUGUCCCCACAACGCCACUUGCCACCCGGCCACCGGCGCUUGCCCCUGCGCCCCGGGCAGGAUCGGGCCCCUCUGCGAGGCCGGGACCCCCGAGCAGCCCUACACCAUCCUGCCGGCCCCCCCGGCAACCUACAGCUCCCUGGGGGUCGUGCUCAGCUUGGUGGCCCUGCUGGCCCUUCUGGUGGCCUUGGUGGCCGCCUUCCUGUGGCACCGGCACCGGCGGAAGGGGAAGGCGAGCCGGCACCUGGCGGUGGCCUACACGGCGGGACAGACGGACGCCUCCGACUACGUGGUGCCAGAUGUGCCACCGGGCCACCAAGCGCACUACUACUCCAACCCCAGCUACCACACGCUCUCCCAGUGCACCCUGCCGGCCCCCGGCCACCGCCAGGCCACCGGCUCCAGCCAGGUGGGCACCCCCCAGCCCCUCCCCGGCGCGGAGAGACCCCCCGGCCCCCCCGGCCCCGCCACGCUGCCCCCCGGCUGGAAGCACCUCGGGGCUCCGGCCCCGCGCCCCAGGGGGGGGCAGCUGGACCGGAGCUACAGCUACAGCCACAGCCUGGGGAAAGGCGAGGGGAAAGCCCACCCCCCCGAGGGGCUGGGGGCCAGCGCCAGCUCCCUGGCCGGCGAGAACCCCUACGCCACCAUCAAGGAGCUGCCCCCCCCCGCCGCCAAGGCCCCCGAGGGCAGCUACAUGGAGAUGAAGGCCCCCGUCCGCAGGGAGACGUCCUACGCCGAGAUCGGGCUCCUCGACGAGGCCCCUCCGGAGGGGACGGAGGGGGGGGGCCCUGGCCCCGAGAGCCGCCCCGGGGGGGCCGAAGGCGUCACCCCCGCGCCCCCCCCCAGCCAUUACGACUCCCCAAAGAACAGCCACAUCCCCAGCCACUACGACGUGCCACCCGCCCGCCACUACCCCCCGUCCCCCCCCCUGCGCAAGAAGGACCGCUGAGGGGACGGGGGGGGGGACCAGGGACCCCCCCGGGGUUGUGGGGGGGGACACCUUGGUGGGGGAGGCCCGGGACUGUCCCUGUCCCCGAGUCCGGGGCGGUGAAUAAAGGGGUCGUCG